UUCUGUCUUUUGAAAUGAAAAUGCACUGCAAUAAUUUCAGUAAAUUAAGCCCAACGUUUGGGUUUCUCUUCUGUUUCGGGCUCUGUAUGCUUGGGAACGUAUCUGCAAGCUCAUAUAAUGUUGACGAAGCAUACCGAUUUUAUUUUGACUGCUUUUUCGACAUAGUUUGUGAAAGAAAAGUUCCAUUACUUUUCAAAGACUGCGUCUCAAAAUUAGACAACAAGACAAAAGAGGUAAUUUACGAGUUGUUAAUGCAAGCCGCUCCCCCAGGAAAAGAACAUUUAUGCGUUAUGGACGUCUACUGGUCAAACGAACUAGCUCUAAAACUUGCUAAUGAAUUGGCUUGCAAUUUCACUAAAGAAGAUUUGGAAGCGUUAUCAGAAAUCUUUGCUGGACCGCUUAUACAACACUUUUCUAAAGUUUGUUCAAAUCUUGAUGGUCUUCAAGAAUGUGAAAAGCUUGACGAAUAUAACGUAUGUUUCCAUUCGUUGGUUGAAGAAAGCAUGGUAGAUGGCUACUGCAAAUCAAAGGACAAAAGCAUGUUUAAUUUUGCAAAAUGAAAGUGAGGAUGAAACUUCAGAAUGUUUUCACAUUUCUACUUGCUGCUGAAAAUUGAGUUCAUAACUCUGAUGAUGCUGUUAACUUGAAAUAAAAUA